ACCCGGACUGUGUCUCGUCGGGUCGAUUAUCCUGCCGCUUCAAAUCUUGCCAUAAAUUUCAUCCGGUCACUUGUCAGGCUUCAGUUGAGCCAUGGAACAUCCCCAAGAUCUUUCGCAGGCCACCAUUCGCGUUCGACUUCCUCCCAAACAUUAUCAGUCAAAAGGACCGCGACUGAAAGAACAGAUAUGGAAAUAUUUCCAACAGGUGGAAGUCAGUGGCGGGUGCGGAGUGGAGGAUGUCAAUAUCAUAUUUCAGGAUGGCGGGGGACUGUGGAUGACUGUGAAGUUUCUGGAGCCGUCAGGUGUUCAGCAGGUGCUAGCGAAUCAGUGUCACGAGUUGGAGAUUGACGGUGAUGAAGCGUCAUUGGAAGUCCAUGCACACCAGCUUUCUGGAGGGCAGUCACUUCAGGGUUCUGCACUGGGUUCUUCUACAGUAGAGUCUUACCUGGAAUCAUUCAAGCAAAACAUCAACCAGUGUCCCCUUCUCAGUGAAAUAUCUGCUCCUGGUCAAAGCUCACCAUCAUUUGGCAGAGAUCAACCAAGCCUGUCCAGCGAUUCAUCGGACACUGCCAGCGAAGUCAAAGAGGAAGCAUCAUUAGAGAGUUGUGACACAGGUUCCAAUCAAAUCUGUGAGUCCAAUGAACCUCUUCACCGAGGAGAAAGUGAAAGUGAUGAUGAUGGUGAGUGGAGUGAGGAGGAAAGUAGCGAUGAUGAAAACUCAGCAAGUCCUCAUCCACAGCUUGACGAUGAAGACCAGUUGUCCACGUCUUCCGGUGAUGAUGAGUCAGCAGAUUUAGAAGAAGAUGAACUAGUCAUUGAAGUGACUGGCUUUAAGCCUGCUACAUCAGAUGACAUGCUCAGGCUUUAUUUUGAGAAUCCUCGCAAGUCGGGAGGAGGUGAUGUCAAGAUAUGGGAAAGAAACACCAAAGAUGCAACCAUCACAGUGACCUUUGAGGAUCCAUCAGUCAUCAGCAAAGUGAUUGCAAGGCAACACAAGGUAGGAGGAGCAACCCUGUCAGUGCGACAAGUUGUAAAGAAGAAGCCCCGCCCUCGUCCUGUCAAGAAACGAUGUCUGUUGCUAAGAGGAAUUCCUGAUGGAUGUAGUCUAGACCUUGUGACAGUGUUUUUAGAGAAUCGGUGUUGUACGGAUGACUUCAAAAUACAAUAUGGUGAGAUGCCUGGAACAGCGCUCUGCACAUUCAAUGAGGACAUCCCAGACCUGGAGGAAAUAAUCGACAGGAUUUCUUCAAAAAAGUUGAAAGGAGUCUUUGUGACUGCAGAGAGAUUGUAUGAAUCCGAUUGUAUCCUAUUACAAGGGUUUGCGACAAAUGUAUCAGAGGACUUGAUUGAGUUGUAUUUUGAUUGCCGCUCCAAAAGUGGAGGUGGUGGUGUCAGAGAAGUAGAGCUGGGACCGAGGGCUGGUCAAGCUGUUAUCUACUUCGAAGAUUGGGGAGUUGUUGGCAGUGUUUUGUCAAGGGGACCCCACAAGAUAGGUGGCAGCGAAGUAUCCGUCGAGGAAUACCACGAAUGUCUAGGAAGACUCAGUCCAUCAGACACUCCGACAUCUCAUCUCUCCAAGCCAAUCACAGGUCAGCCAUGGCGUCAAUCUCUUGGCGAUACACUCAGCCAAUCUCCUCAUCGUGUCCUGCCCAAAACUUAUCAGCCUUUUACCACGGAAAGCUUGCCUCUUGAGGAGUCAGAACAUGAGGAACAGUUUGUUGAAGUCACAGGCUUCAAACCAUCAUCAGCUGAGAUGCUCAAGAUGCACUUUGAGAAUCCUAGAAGGUCUGGAGGAGGCAAUAUCAAAACCUGGGAGCAUGACCCCAAGACUAGAACCAUUCGGUUGACUUACCAAGAUCCUUCAAUUGUCAGCAAAGUGAUUGGGAAGCAACACAAGGUAGGAGGAGCAACUCUGUCAGUGCGACAGGUUGUAAAGAAGAAGCCCCGCCCUCGUCCUGUCAAGAAACGAUGUCUGUUGCUAAGAGGAAUUCCUGAUGGAUGUACUUCAGAGCUGGUGAAAAUGUUCGUUGAGAAUCGAUGUGGCACGGAUGACUUCAAAAUCCAAUAUGGUGAGAUGCCUGGAACAGCACUCUGCACAUUUAAUGAGGACAUCCCAGACCUUCAAAGAGCAAUUGAAAGGGUUUCUUCAAAGAAUUUACUAGGCAUCCAGGUGACAGCAGAGAAAGUGCAGGAGUCCAAUUGUAUCCUAGUGCAAGGAUUCUCACCAAAAGCUUCUGCAGCAAUGAUGGAGUUGUAUUUUGACAACAAAAAGAAAAGUGGUGGCAAAGGUGUCAGGGAGGUACAGCAAGGGCCAACGGCUGCUCAGGCUUUUGUCUACUUUGAGGACUGGGAAGCUGUGGGUGAUGUUCUGUCAAAAAAGGGCCCCCAUAAGGUUGGAGGUGUCAAGCUAUCUGUUGAAGAGUACAAUGAAUGUCUUGGAAGGAUAAGCCCGUUAGAUGUCCCGACUCCACACAUCCCUAAGCCAUUCACUGUACAGGUGCCACAACCUGUCAUGGAGUUCAUCUUUGGACAAAAGGGGCAACACACAAGGAAGACUUUGGUUCAGAAGCUGAGUGACGUGAAGGCCACUCUGAAAUGGCCAUAUAGUGACGACAAGACAGUAGCUAGGCUAGAGCCUCUGCCAGAAGAUGGGCAGAGGCAAUCUUCCUGGCUCAAAUGGCCGGAAAUUGCUGCAGAAGUUUUGGCGGACUUCCUGAAAAAAUUAAAGUCAACAGGGAUCCCUGUCCCACCACCACUGUGGAAAGACACCAUUGCUAAAAUAGAUCAACUUGACAUCGAAGGUUGCACUUUGGAACCUGAUAGCAGUGGACAUGUAAUCCAUUUAGUUGGACAGCAACAAAAUGUGGAUAAAGGAGUGAAUGGUAUUGAUUUAAUCAUCAAAGAAUUGAUAAAAAAGGCCAAGUUUGAAGCUCAGCAAACAAAACAAGAAAUCAACUUAACUGGGGAAAAGUUUCAGACUUUUGUGAUCUGCAGCAUAAAGGAUAAAAUUGAAGACGCCUUUCCUAACCUGAACAUCACAGUAACUCCUUUACAAGACAACACCAGACUCAUAUUUGAAGGAACACGAAAGAAUGUUGAAGGAGCUGAAUUGUUAAUGCGGAGAGAAAUGGACAGUCUUGAGCGAGUGGAGUUCAAAGCGAGCAAAAAAGUUCAGUUUGUUCAGAAAUUUUCAGACAAAAUCCAAGAGAUCUUAGGGUCGCGGGGAAUUCGAGCAGCAUGCAAGGGAUCUGAUGACGGCAAGAUCAUCAUAUCUGGUGCAACGAGGGAGGAUGCAAUCCAAGCCAAAGCAUUCAUUGAUCAGGAAAUAGAAGAGACUGGGAUCUCUAUCAAGAAUCAAGGUGAGCUGGCCGUUCUGAAGAGCCAGGCUGGAAGAGAUAUCCUGGAUGAAAUAAACCAAAAGAAGCUUGCUGUGGUCAACAUCAAUCAACCAGAAGAUAAGUUGGAGUUGGCUGGAUUCAAGACGAACUUGGAGGAGAUGAAGCAGAGAAUACUUGCCUUCUUGACUGCAAAUGUUGUCAGCAAUGAAUUUAUUCAUUUGAGUAAGAGAAAAAUGGAUGUCAUUCUUAAACAUCAUGGCUAUUUAAUAAACAGUUUAGAAGAACAGCAUGAACACAAUCAUGUCAAGAUCACUCAUGAAUCAGGCAACAGAAUAGGAUUUUUGUUGGAAGGUAACGAAGAUGGUUUGACAAUCGCACGUCGGUUCGUAAAGUCGUUGGCAGAUGGAAUUGAAGAUAGAAGUUCACCAAGCAGCAGUGGAUCGGAUGAAAAUGAUCUGUCCAUGCAGGAUGUUGGUAUAAAGGUGGCUGAAGAGAGUCCUGUGCCAGUUAAGCCUCGCAAGAAAGUGUUCCCUCUGAAGACUUCACCUUACAAAGGGGCAAAAGAAGAGAUAACUCGGAUGUCAUCAACUGAUGAGACUGACUCGGACUCUACUGUACCUCGCUCUUUAGGUCCACUACAGAGAGGAGUGAGACGUGCAUUUGCUGCAUUGCAAGCAUCACGUCAAAGUAUCUGUUUUGUCACAGGGGAGGGAAUGAAAAUCAGUGUUUGCGAGGGUGAUAUCACUAAGCAGCCAGUGCAAGCUGUUGUUAAUCCUACAGAUCCAGCCUUGGGUAACAGGGGAGGUGUAUCAAAGGCUUUAGUGUCGGCAGCUGGUACUCCGCUGCAAAAAUACUGUUUAGAAAUGAUACAUAAUCGUGAUGACAAGGCGUUAAACGUAGCUGAGUGCCUCCUGACGCCUGGAUUCAACCUCAACUGCCUUAUCAUCCAUACUGUAGGACCCAUCAAACGUGGCCCAAAUUAUAGCAGUGAGCUUCAUGACACCUUUCUGAACUGUCUACUGAAAGCAGAAGAGAAUGAGGUGCGAUCUCUGGCGAUACCCUUGAUAGGCUCAGGGUCAGCUGGCUCACCUAAGGACGUAUGUGCCGAUUCCCUUGUGUCAGCUUUGCUUGAUUUUAGUCACCAGUCAAGCAAGAACCUCCGCGAGGUGAUGUUGGUAAACAUUGAUCAGCCAUCUUCUGUGGCAAUCACACAGGCCUUACAGAGGGGAGGACUUCGUGCAACAAGCAUGCCCUGACGGAGCUGCUGUUAUCAGUGAUGGCUUUUCUGAGCUACAGAAUUGUUGAUCGUUAAAAAAUUGCGAUAUGACUGUACUACAUCUUGUAGUCUAGCAAAGAAUGUCAACUUUCCACAAUUGAUUUAAUAUCAGUUCAAUCACUCAUAACUGAACUAAGUGUCACGGUUGAAAGAGAUUUGACACAUUUAUUUUACACAAUUUGCCUCACUGAAAAAAAAAGGUACUCAAAAAGAUGUAGAAUGAAAGAGUUGAUAAAGAAACAGGAAGGCAUGGUUUCUAUGCUUAUUUGUUAAAUACAAUUAAACAUGUAUAUUGAGAAUUUCUUGGAAUUGAUUUGCUAGGGUGCAAUCGGAUUUUCAAUUCCCGAUGUUAUAAAUUACCAGAGGUAAUACAUUACUACUUUUAAAAUGUUUACAUAUCUGAAGAAAUAUACACCUGUGCAUUUUGACUGCGUGCGUUCAACUUCGUGAAUGAAAGUUUUGGGGUUAUGAUUGCAAUCGCAUACCACAAGCUGCAGAAAACUUCCACAAAAUAUUUACCAAGUUAAUGGUUUAAUUUAUGUACGUACAAAUGAAAUACAUGUACAGUCCAUUGGUGCACUAAUAUUACAAAGCAGGACUACACUUUGUGUCUUGGUUUUGUUUUCCCGUGCAGGUCAGUUAGCAACUUAGAAUGUGCAGUGGAUGCUUUUUUGAAUUAUUUAUCACGUAGGAAAUAUAGCAUUGUAAUGUUAAUGUUAUCAGAUGUAUUGAAAUGCUUCGUUUGUAGGAUGCGUUUGCAGACUUGGUCACUUUACAACAAUUGCACUGUCACACUCUUUCAACACAUAAAAAUGAAAACAAGUCAAUAUUUUGAAGUUUCAAUGUUCACAAUGGUUUAAUGAAUUCGGUGUUAUUAACUAUAUGACCACUCCAAUAAGAACCAGUCUGAAUGACCAUGUAUAUUCGGAAUAUGUGGCUUUGAAAAUUAGCAUAAAAUAAGACAUGUUUACAUCAGUGAUGCUCUGAAAGUAGGUGAUGUGAACUUGCAGUCUUUAGCCUUAUAUUUAAGCUUUAAAAUUAGGGGUUAUCAGAAACGAAACUACCAAAGUUUUACUUUGUAGUGAAUAAGAAUGAAGUGGUAGAACAGUGAACAACA